AUGCUGAUCCUAUUACCACCCACUUUAUAGCCCUUACAAUAAGCUAGCUAACAAGACCAACUAUUAUAAUAGCUGCUGCUGUAACUUGUGAACUGGAGGCUAAACAAAACAAAAUCAAACAAAUCAAUAACAUCUUUCCCACCCCCAUGUGCUUAUAAAUAUGGCAAUUGAGAAGAACUGUACAGAGUUGUCUGUGCCUCAAUAUGAAGAACUCGCUCUUGCAAGAGGACUAGCAGGAUUGGUUUGUGCAAUCAUCUCUCUAGUAAUCCUAGUGCUUAUGGUCAAAGGUUUGUUCAAGUCAAAGUUCACUAGAGGACUGCUGGAAUGGAUAGUGAUCUACUUGGCAAUGCUAACGAUUGUUGACGAUGUAUUAUUCCUUGUCAUAAUGCUCCCUACGCUAUCGGAAUGGUUCGGCUUCUGUCGAGCACUUGGGAUUGGACUAGAACUGGUCAACUGGGUGCAACAAGGAUGCACUAUCAUUCUCUCCUUCCACCAACUCUUCCUGCUCUACAAACUAGUCCAGAAAGUCAGAAAUCCGUACGCAGCUAUUAUGGCUCAGAGUGAGCAAACAGAGAAACAAGGAAAGGCCAUUAAGAAAUGUCACUAUGCACUGCUACUGCUAAUAUGGCUGCCUAUACUGUUGAAUGUAAUAUGGCUACCGUUCGAAGCCGAGGGCGAUUUCUUGGAGCAAGAACCGGAAUGGUGUUGGAUUGUGAGUAUUACUGAUGACUGUGAGAAAGAUGGAUUGGAAUUUGCCGAAGAGUUGAUCAUGUGGUUUAUACCUAUUGUCAUAGUGACCAUCACUGUUGGUAGUACUGCCAUAGCAACGCUAAUAGUCUGGGUGUACACUACGGUUAAGAAACGCUAUCAAGGGGUACAAAUCGUCAACGAGAAUUACAAGCCAAACAACUCCAUAACCCUCACUACGUACACCCUGUUCACACUCCUGUGCCUAAUCGAAUUAAGUGUCAGAACUUAUACUAUGAUUUAUCGCAAACACAAUUACACCAUGUGGAUGGUGUUCGCAGUGGUCACUCCAUUUAGGGACAUCCUACUCCCAGUGUGUUACAGUGUACAGGUCUUCUUGUACAAGAAACAAAACAGAGCUUUGCUCACACCCUCUCAGGGAAACACUGCAAUAAACACAAGUAUGGCUCACUUCCAGCCGGAUUAACAGUUAAUGCUAUACAUGUGUUUAUGUUUGUGUGUACUUGUUUCAUGUGUUUUUGUGUCCAUUUGAAGAAGAAAAAAGAGCCAAUUUUUUUUACAUGUG